GUCCCGCCGUCGAAAAGGUUCUGAUUGAGAGGUUUCAGGGUGUACGAUGAAAGUAGUACUGGCAGGUCGGGGGCUGUUGUUGGCCCUGGCGCUUGUAGCCGGUGCCUUCGGAGCUCCAUCGGCGGAGAAGGAUGGAGCGACGGUUCGCUGGUGCGUUCCGGAGCAGCUUCAAGCCAACUGCAGCCGAUUGACGAGUGCGGCCGGUGUGGGGAUCGAGUGCGUUAGCGGACUGGAUCGCACCGAAUGCCUGCGGUUGGUACGCAAUCGGCAGGCGGACUUUGUGAUGGCCGAUCCGGAAGACCUGUACGUCGCGAUGAAGAUGGAGAACCAGGACUUUGCGGUGUUUGCGGAGCAACGCACGACCGAAGAACCGGCGUCGCCGUUCCGCUACGAGGGAAUUAUGCUCGUGCGCGCGGCGGACGGUUUCCGCAGCCUGGAGGACCUGCGCGGCAAAAAGUCCUGCCACACCGGGUUCGGGCGCAACGUUGGCUACAAGAUUCCGGUGGCGCGGUUGCAGCGUGCCGGUUUGCUGAAGCUGCCGGUGGCCGACGGUGCGCUGUCGACGGUGGAGCGCGAGCUGACCGCGCUGUCGGAAUUCUUCAAUGCGGCCUGCCUGCCCGGACCCUACUCACCCCAUGCCGACAACGAUGUGCUGCUGAAGCACCGGUUCGCGAACCUCUGCGAGCGCUGCGAUGCGCCGGCCCAGUGCGACAAGCAGGACAGGUACGCCGGCUACGAGGGUGCCAUUCGCUGUCUGGUAGAGAACAGCGGUGACGUGGCGUUCACCAAGACGAUCUUCGUGCGCAAGUACUUUGGGCUCCCGGUGACCCCGGGUGGAACGGCGCAACCUGCCCGCAAUCCGGCCGCCCGACCGGAGGACUAUGUUUACCUGUGCGAGGACGGCACGACACGCCCGAUCGCGGACGGUACGGCACCCUGCUCCUGGGCCCAGCGUCCCUGGCCGGUUCUGCUCACCAACGGGGACUACAGUGGGACUCGCUCCCAACGGCUGCAGGAUGCCACUCAGCAGCUCGAUCGCUUCUAUAACGGCCCGCAAUCGACGGCGCCCGAGGCCGACCGGUCGGCAGUCGUAGCGCUCGGUAUCAAGGCGACCAAUCCGCUCGUCAACCGGAAGGAACUGAUGGCGCCCGGUGACUAUCUGCGGAAGGCAAACUACGUGGAGGUGAUCGAACGCGAGGGACCGUACGGCAGCGCGGUACGGCUGUGCGUUACCAGCGAGCCCGAGCGCCAGAAGUGCGAGGUGUUGCGACGCGUGGCGUACUCCCGGGACGUCCGGCCGGCCCUCCAGUGCGUGCUGAAAACCGAAGAGGCGUGCGUUGAAGCUGUCCGCAGCGGCAAGGAGGCGGACGUGGUGGUGCUGAACAAGUACUCUUCGCAGCUGAAGGCGGUCGUCACGGAGGUAUACGCCGACGGUGCGGCGAAAACAAACGGAGCAAAGAAUGGCGAUGCAAGCACCGGAGCAACCGUCUACGUGCGACCGGAAAUGGACGAAGCGGAACAGGACAGCAUUGUGCACGCGUUCAUCGCGCUGUCCGAAACGUUCGGGGCUGGCAAGCCGAAUGCGCUGGUGUUCCGGCUGUUCGGUUCGUUCCGGGUGGAAGGCCAGGCCGACCCGAUCAGUAACCUGAUGUUCCACGACAACGCAGCCAAGCUGGCGGCACUAAACAAGAAUUCGUUGGCGGACAAUUAGUGGCAAGCAUUGCCGACAAAGGACAGAUAUGCCAGGUGAUUUCGGCUGGUGGUGGGUUUGCUUUGGCUACUGACAAAUAAAUAAUCUCCUUAACAACUUCAUAAGUGAUCGGUGGUUGGUUGGCUAUCCGCAGAUAGUCUGGUGAUGGGUGGAGCACGAACCAAGCUCG